GAGAGGCAUCACAAAAUCCCUCACGUUUCUUUCACCCAGAGUCCUUCUCCUUGUUAGUCUCUUCGCACUACCCACAGCCUUCUCUUAUCUCUGUGUUUCGUUGCUUUCCCUUAAACUCCUCCAAUCAAAGAUCCGAGGAGUUUGGGAGACCCUAACCCUAGAGACCCCCAUACCGAAACUCUACCCCUCUUUCUCUUCGUCGAGCUAUCUCUAUCGCUUUCAGUCAUGGCUAGUGCGGCACCUGAGGGAUCCCAAUUUGAUGCCCGUCAAUUUGAUGCUAAAAUGAGCGAGUUACUUGGAGCAGAUGGGCAAGAUUUCUUCACAUCAUAUGAUGAGGUUUAUGAGAGUUUUGAUGUGAUGGGAUUGCAAGAGAACCUCCUUAGAGGAAUCUAUGCUUAUGGUUUUGAGAAGCCGUCUGCAAUUCAGCAAAGGGGGAUUGUUCCUUUCUGUAAAGGACUUGAUGUGAUUCAACAAGCUCAGUCUGGAACUGGGAAAACUGCUACUUUUUGCUCCGGUAUCUUGCAGCAGCUUGAUUAUGGCUUGGUCGAAUGCCAGGCCUUGGUUCUUGCUCCCACUAGGGAGCUUGCACAACAGAUUGAGAAGGUCAUGCGGGCCCUUGGUGACUAUUUGGGUGUCAAGGUUCAUGCCUGUGUUGGUGGAACAAGUGUUCGUGAGGAUCAACGAAUUCUUUCUGCUGGGGUCCAUGUUGUUGUUGGUACCCCUGGUCGUGUCUUUGACAUGCUUCGCAGGCAAUCGCUGCGCCCUGAUUACAUUAGGAUGUUUGUGUUAGACGAAGCAGAUGAAAUGCUUUCACGAGGCUUCAAGGAUCAGAUCUAUGAUAUCUUCCAGCUGCUGCCACCUAAAAUUCAAGUUGGAGUUUUCUCUGCCACAAUGCCGCCUGAGGCUCUUGAGAUUACCAGGAAAUUCAUGAAUAAACCUGUAAGGAUUCUGGUUAAACGUGAUGAGCUCACCCUUGAGGGUAUUAAGCAAUUCCAUGUUAAUGUAGACAAGGAGGAAUGGAAGCUUGAGACACUUUGUGAUCUUUAUGAAACCUUGGCAAUCACCCAAAGUGUUAUCUUUGUGAACACAAGGCGCAAGGUUGAUUGGCUGACAGACAAGAUGCGCAGCCGUGACCAUACAGUUUCUGCCACCCACGGAGACAUGGAUCAAAAUACAAGAGACAUCAUCAUGCGGGAAUUCAGGUCUGGGUCCUCUCGUGUUCUCAUCACUACUGAUCUCUUGGCCAGGGGUAUUGAUGUCCAGCAAGUCUCUCUCGUGAUCAAUUAUGAUCUUCCUACUCAGCCAGAGAACUACCUCCAUCGAAUUGGGCGUAGUGGGCGGUUUGGAAGGAAGGGUGUUGCCAUCAAUUUUGUGACCGCAGAUGAUGAGAGGAUGCUCUUUGACAUCCAGAGGUUCUACAAUGUGGUGAUUGAGGAGCUGCCAGCAAAUGUUGCCGAUCUCCUUUGAGGCAGUUUUAGCUUGGCCUUGUUAAUGGCUAUUUAUCUGGAAGCCAUUAUUGGUAAGUCUUUUUCCUGGGACUAGGGCCUUUUUUGGUUCUUUGAUGGGUUGAAAUCAGGGUUUUUGGCUCUUCUGCAUGGUGAUAUGGGCGCCUAUUCCCAUUUUGGGCCUAAAAGAAUCGUCCAUGGUUGCAAAUUUUGUUGAGUUUGCUAUGUAUUCUUAUUUAAAAAAGAAUUGCAGAUUGUAAUUUGGAUUGGCCUCGUCUUGAUCUAAUAUUAAUUAGGUUUAUGUGUGAGAGGGAAUUUUAUGUAGAUUUGAAUCAUGAUAUGACUAUGUUGGGAUACUGAGCUUGGUCCAGUAUCUCUCCAAGCUGUUUGCUAA